AUGCUCCCCGUCGUGCUCCUAGCGCUGUGCGCGGCGCCCGCGGCGCUGCUCGCCGCCACCACGGCCUCGGUGCCCGCCCUGCCGUCGUCGAGCGUGCAGGUGCACUACAACGAGACCUCCACGUCCACGACCACCACGCCGGCCACCGAGACCGUCGACGACUGCGGCUGUGUGUGCGGGCUGUCGCGGCGGACGCGCAUCGUGGGCGGCGAGGAGGCCAAGGAGGCCGAGUUCCCCUGGCUGGCCGCGCUGGCGCGCAGGGGCAAGUUCUACUGCGGCGGCGCGCUCAUCACCCGCAAGCACGUGCUCACCGCGGCCCACUGCAUGUACAGCAUGUCGCCCAAGGACAUCACGGUGACCAUGGGCGCGCACAACCGCUCCUCGUCGCGCUGGGCGCCGGGCCGCGUCGAGCGGAAGCUCAGCAAGGUGUCGGUGCACGAGCGCUUCGACGUGUCCAACUUCAACAACGACAUCGCCAUCCUGGAGCUCGACAAGGAGGUCGACAUCGACACCGAGGCCGGACUCACCCGCACCGUGUGCCUGCCCGCCGGCGAGCGCGACUACGCGGGGCUGACGGGCACCGUGACGGGGUGGGGCCGCGUGGGGGAGCGCAAGCCCACGUCCGACGUGCUGCGGAAGGUGGAGGUGCCCCUGAUGGCGCAGGAAGACUGCCACAAGUCCGGCUACCCGUCGGGCCGCAUCACCGACAAGAUGGUCUGCGCCGGCCUGCCCAAGGGGCUCAAGGACGCCUGCCAGGGUGACAGCGGCGGCCCCCUCGUCUUGGGCUCCGAGUCCGGCCCCAGUUCCGAAGUGAUCGGCAUAGUGUCCUGGGGACGCGGGUGCGCGCGCCCCAACUUCCCCGGCGUGUACACUCGCGUCCACAAGUUCCUGCCCUGGAUCCACGAGAAGCUGGGAGACACCUGUACCUGCAGACCGGCGGCCUGAUUCCUCCGACGGACACUCUCCACACCGCUUGCCUGAUCUCAGCCUGAUACCAUUCCUUGAGAGACGCGUCUCUGUUAUGAUUCUAGUCAUUCCCGUCAUUCGGGGGGUUGUAGUUAGCUGUGCAAACCAGGGCUCUUGGAUAGAAUACGUAGAAUAUGGUCCACUAGUUAUUUGUUUUGUUGUCAUACGUAAUUGAACGCAAUCGGAAAGACCGUGGCAGACUGAUUAUUUGGAACAUUUCCCGCAUGGGCUUUAGAUUAGUAAGUGUUUCCAUUGUUAUUGUUAGUAAAUUAUUUGUUGUUGUGUUGUUUCUAUGGUGUUUGAAGAUUACUUGGUUACAUUAUUUAUUAUUAAAGAACAAUUCUUUAAAAUGGAA